AUGGUGAUGUUGUAGGUAGGCUUUUGUCUGAUCUUCUACGUGUUGAGAGUGACCAAAAUCAACAAUAUGUUGGCCCAAUUAUAAGAAUUUUUUAACCUGAGCGAAUUAAUGAAUGACCUCGUGAACUUGAUGAAGGUACUCCUCGUGAUCGUCAGUGUGGUUCAUAACUUUGGGUGUCUGUGGCAUGGCAUCGCCCAUUUCAACCCCUCCUUUACUUGGCUGGACGCCUACAAUUAUAGGGAUAGACAGAUAGGUUCAAAGUAUAAUGUAGCCAUCUACUGGGCAACAAUGACCAUGACUACAGUUGGCUAUGGAGACAUUACAGCCAAGAAUGAUUUGGAAUUGUUGGUUAAUAAUCUUACUAUGUUCAUUGGAUCUAUCGUCUUUGCCUACUCUGUCAAUAGCAUCGGUAUCUUAGUUACCAACAUCUACAAAAAUUCAUAAGAAUAUAGCAAGACGGUGAGUCUAAUAAAUAAGUUUAUGGUUAAGAACAAGAUUGAGUUUGAUUUGUAGACUAAAAUAAGGAGCUAUUUGGAAUAUAUAUGGAAGGAAGAGUAGGAAUAGAAUGAUGAUCAAGUGGGUGAUGUGAUCAGUAAGCUAAGUAAGCAAUUAUAAGAGGAAUUGCAAUUUCAAUUAAGAGGCAAUAUCUUAAGGAAAUGUAAGAUCAUGGUGGACACCUUCUCGGAGUCCCUGAUCAAGAAUCUUUUACAAUUGAUGGAGGAGCAAUCCUAUUCUCCAGACGAACGCAUCAUAUCUGUAAAUGAGUUGGAUGACUCUGCCUUAUAUAUAAUCACAAAAGGAGAUGUGGAGUUGAUCUUCGAAGGAGCAGAGAUGAAAGACAAGGUAAAACGAAACACCUUUAAGAAUUACACCCAAUAUGAUAGUUUUGGUGAAUUCUCGUUUUUCUCAGGAAACCCAAGAACAGCAACUGCUAUCUCAAGAGGUUUCACUAGAGUGUUCAAAAUAAAAAGACAAGUCUUUCUGGAACUCCUAAAACAUCAUCCUAAUGAUUAAGAGAAAUACGUUUCUAUAAGAGAAUCCUUGCGUUUUGGAGAUUACAGCCCCUUAUAAUAAUAGUGCUUCGGGUGUUAGAGUAAACGACACAUGAUUGUGGAUUGUAACUAUGUGCACUAUUGUGUUGAUAAGGACAGAGUAAUUAAAUAGGAGACCUUUCCGAUCCAACAAGAGAGGAGAAAUAGACAACACAGAUUCACUCAGAAAUAUAAUGCCAGAAUCAAUCUAAGUACGAUUCAGACCAAGGCUGCCAAAUAUACUAAUGAUGUUAGUUUCACAAUGACUUAAGAUUUUGACUCUCCCACUUUAGUCAUGCAUGAUAUAUUCGAAGAUAUGGAAAUAGGACAAAACCAAAUCAUAGCAUCUCUUGAUGACAUCAAACCAUCGGCAGCCAGCAUCAAAGAGGAUGAUCAAUAAUAGCAUCAACAAUAAUCUAUGAUCAGCUUCAAGAAUAAUUUAAGCAAGUCAGCUCUAUAAACAUUCUCAAUAGCAGGCUUUGGAAACAAGCCUAAUUAGAAGAAGAAAAUCUUAAAGAUAUCGGAGGAGGAAGACAUCUCUGACGAGUCUAAGAACCAAUUGGAGACUACACCUUCUAAGCCUAAUAUUAUGAAUGUUAAGUAGACCAGAAGAUCAGUAAUGACACAGAAGGGAACUGCAACUGAUGCUCGAAAUUACAGGGCUUCCAUAGAUUUGAAAAUGAUGGGAAAUCCUCACUAAUCUGAGAUUAAUAGCAAAUAGCCAACCAAUCAAAGCAAUAACGCCAAAUCUUUAGAAUCAUCACCUCUACGACCAGCAAUUAAUCAGCGCCAUCCAACUCUAGUUACCAAUCUCACUCAAAAUAACAUCCCUUCAAGUACCAUGUGGGUGAACUAAGUACUUUUGGGAUUUGAAAAAAUGCAGAUUUUUCAAUCUUUUCAGCCAAAAUACAAUUAUGAUUAAGUCCUUAAGAGUAGAUAUGCUAAACUGCAAAAGUUCUUUGGUAAAAAGAGGCUUUUACCUGAGUUCUCAGUUUAUUCCUUUUUCCAUGAGGCAAUAUCCAAAGGAGCCAAGUUGAGGAGGUAUGGUGAAUUUCAAAAAGUAAAGCGAUCUCCUCAGGUGACCAAUUUUAACCUGACUAACCGAUUCAUGAAGUCUAAUUUUGCAUUUAGUAUGCAAUCGGGGAAUUAUAUGAAUUGA